CCCUCGCCUUUCUCCAAAAUCCUCGUUAAAGGAAACCUUCGGGUUGUGUUUCUAAAAUCUACCAACUUUUUCCUUUAUAUAAUGUUUUUUUUUUUCUUUUUUGUUGUCUGGCUGAUAACACUAAUACAGAACACUGAAAAAAUGGUUUCCAAGAUUAUCAAGAGAACUCCGCCACGAUCCAUCAAACGCCACAGGAGAAAGACUUCUCCGACGAAGAAGAAUGCUUCUGUCACCGUCAUUGCCUCCCUUAACAAGUCCAUUAAGAUAUGCCAUCGCCGCCUUGUCAGGCUUUUCUCCAAGUUAGCCCGCAUUGCAACUCCUUCUACCACCAAACGCCGCUACAAGGGGUUCAAAAUCCUCAAACGAGAUCAACUAGAAAGCAAUUCCAUUGUUCCUCGAACUCUAGUGUUCGACCGUUGCUUGCUUCCGCCGCCGAUUUCGGAGACCAAAAAAACCAUCAUCCUUGAUCUAGACGAGACCCUGGUGCAUUCAAGCCCCGACCCACCUCCCAAAAUGUAUGAUUUCGUAGUAAGGCCGAGCAUCGAUGGUCAAAUCAUGAAAUUUUACGUGUUGAAACGUCCUGGUGUCGAUUCUUUCUUGGAAGAAAUCAGCAAGAAACAUGAGGUGGUGGUGUUCACGGCCGGACUUGAGCAAUAUGCUUCGCAGGUUUUGGAUAAGCUUGACCCUAAGGGGCUAAUAUCGUACCGGCUUUAUCGGGAUUCCUGCAAGGAAAUGGAAGAGAAGAUGGUUAAAGACUUGUCGGAAAUUGGGAGGGAUUUGGGCAAAGUUGUGAUAGUUGAUGAUAACCCAAAUGCUUACACUUUGCAGCCGGAGAAUGCUAUCCCCAUACCACCGUUUGUGGAGGACGGUGAGGGAGCUGGAGAAGUUGGUGCAAUUCUUUGAGUGGUGUGAACCGUUUGAGAAUAUAAGACUGGCUGUCAAGCAGUAUUUCAGCGGUGGGAACGACGGUGGCAGCAGUGGUGCUGCUGAUGGCAUAGAUUUAUGAAAUUUUGAAAAGUCUAAGGGCUUUUUCUAGUAUUUUGGCCCAAACUUUAUUAACAAUGUCUGUAUUGAACAGCAAAAGAAUAAAAAUAACCACAAUAGCAAUGAUUUUGCAAGUACCUAGGGUCCAAAAAUCCAAUUUAACUUGAUCGGAA